GCCAGGGGCAGGCGCCAGCAGCAGCCGCCGGAAGCCCUCGCGCGCACCACUCGCCCUAUGGCCAUAGGGAGCCGCUGAGAGCGACCACAGCACGCUGCCGCCCGCCCGCUGCACCGCACCUCGCCGCGCCUCUCCGCCGCCCCAGGCCCCGGCCCGCGCGCGCCCCCAGCCACCAUGAGCCACUCGCCGCUCAAGACCGCCCUGGCGUACGAAUGCUUCCAGAACCAGGACCACUCCACGCUGGCCCUGCCGUCGGACCAAAAGAUGAAGACAGGCACGUCGGGCAGGCAGCGCGUGCAGGAGCAGGUGAUGAUGACUUUCAAGCGGCAGAAGUCCAAGUCUUCCCAGUCGUCCACCCUGAGCCCCUCCAACCGAGGUUCCAUGUAUGAUGGCUUGGCUGACAAUUACAACAACUAUGGGACCACCAGCCGGAGCAGCUACUACUCCAAGUUCCAGGCAGGGAAUGGCUCAUGGGGAUAUCCGAUCUACAAUGGGACCCUCAAGCGGGAGCCUGACAGCAGGCGCUUCAGCUCCUACAGCCAGAUGGAGAACUGGAGCCGGCACUACCCCCGGGGCAGCUAUAACACCACCGGCGCAGGCAGCGACAUCUGCUUCAUGCAGAAAAUCAAAGCGAGCCGCAGUGAGCCGGACCUCUACUGCGACCCGCGGGGCACCCUGCGCAAGGGCACACUGGGCAGCAAGGGCCACAAGACCACCCAGAACCGCUAUAGCUUCUACAGCACCUGCAGUGGUCAGAAGGCAGUCAAGAAAUGCCCGGUGCGCCCACCCUCCUGUGCUUCCAAGCAGGACCCAGUGUGUGUCCCGCCCAUCUCCUGCAACAAGGACAUGUCCUUUGGCCACUCGAGGGCCAGCUCUAAGAUCUGCAGUGAGGACAUUGAGUGCAGUGGGCUGACCAUCCCCAAGGCUGUGCAGUAUCUGAGCUCUCAGGAUGAGAAGUACCAGGCCAUUGGGGCCUAUUACAUCCAGCACACCUGCUUCCAGGAUGAGUCUGCCAAGCAACAGGUCUAUCAGCUGGGAGGCAUCUGUAAGCUGGUGGACCUCCUCCGCAGCCCCAACCAGAACGUCCAGCAGGCCGCAGCAGGGGCCCUGCGCAACCUGGUGUUCAGGAGCACAACCAACAAGCUGGAGACCCGGAGGCAGAACGGGAUCCGUGAGGCCGUCAACCUCCUGAGGAGAACUGGGAGCACUGAGAUCCAGAAACAACUGACCGGGCUGCUCUGGAACCUGUCUUCCACUGACGAGCUGAAGGAGGAGCUCAUUGCCGACGCCCUGCCUGUCCUGGCCGACCGUGUCAUCAUCCCCUUCUCCGGCUGGUGCGAUGGCAACAGCAACAUGACCCGGGAAGCGGUGGACCCUGAGGUGUUCUUCAAUGCCACAGGCUGCCUGAGGAACCUGAGCUCAGCCGAUGCUGGCCGCCAGACCAUGCGUAACUACACGGGGCUCAUUGAUUCCCUCAUGGCCUACGUCCAGAACUGUGUGGCAGCCAGCCGCUGCGAUGACAAGUCCGUGGAGAACUGCAUGUGCAUCCUGCACAACCUCUCCUACCGCCUGGACGCUGAGGUGCCCACCCGCUACCGCCAGCUGGAGUAUAACGCCCGCAACGCCUACACGGAGAAGUCCUCGACAGGCUGCUUCAGCAACAAGAGCGACAAGAUGAUGAACAACAACUAUGACUGCCCCCUUCCCGAGGAAGAGGCCAACCCCAAGGGCAGCAGCUGGUUGUACCACUCAGAUGCCAUCCGCACCUACCUGAGCCUCAUGGGCAAGAGCAAGAAAGACGCCACCCUGGAGGCCUGCGCUGGCGCCCUGCAGAACCUGACCGCCAGCAAGGGGCUGAUGUCCAGCGGCAUGAGCCAGCUGAUUGGGCUGAAGGAAAGGGGCCUGCCGCAAAUCACCCGCCUCCUGCAGUCUGGCAACUCCGAUGUGGUGCGGUCUGGAGCCUCCCUCCUGAGCAACAUGUCCCGCCACCCUGUGCUGCACAGAGUGAUGGGGAAUCAAGUGUUCCCAGAGGUGACCAGGCUCCUCACCAGUCACACUGGCAACACCAGCAACUCUGAAGACAUCUUGUCCUCUGCCUGCUACACCGUGAGGAACCUGAUGGCCUCGCAGCCGCAGAUGGCCAAGCAGUAUUUCUCCAGCAGCAUGCUCAACAACGUCAUCAACCUGUGCCGCAGCAGUGCCUCCCCCAAGGCUGCAGAAGCUGCCCGACUCCUCCUGUCUGACAUGUGGUCCAGCAAGGAGCUACAGGGAAUCCUCAGACAGCAAGGUUUCGAUAGGAACAUGCUGGGAUCCUUGGCCGGGGCCAACAGCCUCAGGAACUUCACCUCCCGAUUCUAAGAGGUUGACCAAGCAAGUCCAGCUUGCAGAAAGAUAUGACCCAGCUAAGAAGACCUCAGGCCUUGCUGGAUGAGUUAUUCUGUCCAUACUGUGCAGUAUUUAGAAAAGUUCAAAUGCAACUGACAGCAAACCUGAAAACUGUGGAUGAUGGAAAUAUUUUUAGGUUCUUUUUUUUUUUCCUUGGGGGAACUG